AGGCGCCGUACAGCGGAGGCAACUCCAUCUGACUUAGAUGGUCUAUCAGACCAGCUACAGUCAGUGUCUUUGGCUAUAUCUGCGGCGCUUGAUGGCGAGAAUGCAGAAGGAAGCCACAAAAGUAUGGAGGAAUUACGCCAGUGGUACCAAACGGAAGUCUUCGCAGCAACUGACGCUCAGCAGCAGCGAUGGGAGGAGCGACGCUGGGCGUUUCUGGGACAGUUGCAGCACACUUCUGCGUACUUCAAGAUACCUCAGUGACACUCCAACAAUUAUUCUCCAGGCAUGUUUUACGAAAGCCACUAACACACACGGUGAGUACGACGAGCACCUACUAUUACUUCUAGUCCGUAUAUUCUUCAGGCCUUUGCUUAUAACGUUGAUGCACUACUUGAUAAUGAGAGCAACCUUAUUCAAAGUCAAUUUUACUAGAGUUUGUGAAAACACGUCAAGGAUUUUUUAGCUUCAAAAUUGCUGUGGCAGGCUCUGCCUUCGGUGGCCUUCUAUUUGUUGGACGCUCACGUUACAAUGAUAUUGUUCUUACUCGAUGUUAUGAUUAGACUCGGAAUUUUGUGACAUAAAAGACUGUAGGUUGUUGCUGAUGAGACUGUAAGUCGAGUGCAUUGCAUUAUUGUUCGCUCGAUUGGUAAAUUCUCUUAG